AUGCCACUAAGUGCAUUUCAGCGUUUAUUUGAUUUUGGCUUAAAAAAAGAAGCGAAGAUAUCAUCCAAAGAUGCCAUAGAACGUUUACAAGAUGUCGAAGAUUUAUUAAAUAAAAAAGUAGAAUUAUUAGAAACAAAAGUUGAAGAAGAAAAGCAGAAUGCAAUUAAAUGUUCAAAGGCAUCGAAUAAACGUGGAGCAUUGAAUGCUUUAAAACGAAAAAAACGAUAUGAAAAAACGUUGCUGCAAUUGGACGGUACAUUGGUAACACUCGAGACACAGCGUGAACAUUUGCAAAAUGCAGCAACAAAUGUGGACGUAUUAAAAGUGAUGAAAAAUGCUGCAGGAGCAUUAAAAAAAACAAAUGAGAAUUUAGAUGUUGACACAGUACACAACUUGAUAGACAAUUUGGCUGAACAAAAUGAAACAGCUGAAGAAAUUGCCAGAGCGAUAUCCACACCUUUUACAGGAAAUUUAGAAUAUAUUGAUGAUGAUGAAUUGGAACGCGAAUUAAAUGCAUUAGCUGGAGAUGAAGAUCAAAAAGAUAUGAUAAAUAUUGGUCCACUACCAAAUGUGCCGAACACAACAUUACCUGCCAUGGGCAAUCAGAAAGCAUUAGAUGAUGAUUUAUCACUAUUAGAAGAAUGGGCAACUGAUUCAAAAGGUGGUAAAAAUUUUGUAUCUCGAAUAUUUGGUGGUACAGCAAAAGGUGGACAAUCGAAAAAAGCGAAUACACCACAAGAAGCUAUACAACAAUUGAGAGAUGUUGAAGAUGUAUUAACGAAAAAAGUCGAAUUUUUAGAAGGAAAAAUAAAUGAAGAAACAGAGAGAGCAAGACGUGAUGCAAGAACUAAUAAACGAAAUGCAUUAAUGGCAUUAAAACGAAAAAAACGUUUAGAAAAACAAUUACAACAAAUUGAUGGAACUUUAACAACAUUAGAAUAUCAAAGAGAAGCAUUACAGAAUGCAUCGAUGAAUGGUCAAGCGUUUAGUGCUUUACAAGGUGCUACAAAUGCAUUAAAAAAUGUUCAUAAAGAAUUGAAUAUAGACAGUGUACAAGAUAUUAUGGAUGAUUUAGCUGAACAACAUGGAUUAUCAACAGAAAUUGCCAAUGCUAUAUCGAAUCCAAUUGGCUUCGGUACAGAAUAUGAUGAUCGUGAAUUAGAAGAUGAAUUAGCUGCUUUGGAACAAGAAUCAUUGGCCAAAGAAAUGCAACAAAUUACCUUGCCAUCUGUACCCUUACAUCCCAUACCAGUUAGUAGUUAUCAACAACCAGCAUCAAAAGUUAGAGUUGAAGCCGAUUUAGACGAAUUAACAAGAUGGGCAUCAUAA